UGGUCACCAGUGUUGCGGUUUAGUAUACUUUGGCUAGAUCUACUGUAGCUAAGUACAGUAAUCUGUACUCUAGCAAGCUAGCUAGCUCAGCCACCUAUUUCAAUCACAAGUCAACUGCUGCAAAACUAUGUCCAAGUCUGGAGCUAGCUGUCACCUGGAUGUACCUAGUUCUUGUCCUGUCUGUGGCAAUGACACCGCUGUAAUAGAAACUCAAAUGUUGCUGGCAAUAGGGCCAGCAAAGGGACUUUCCAUAAACCAGUUGGCAGAGAGACAAAUAUAUCUCUGCAUCUCUGCUACUUUUGUCUGUUAUUUUUGCAGUGGCCUUGUAGCCAGCCAGCAACUUUAGAAUUGCUUCAUUGGAGAAGUACUGAUAGACAACUUAUAUCCAAACAGCUAGCUAAGUAGACAUAAAAUUUAUACUGCAACUGUACAGCUAAAAAUAUUAAUCUCACAUAAAAUCAAUUAUAAUAGCUUAGUGUGCAAUGUUGUGGUUUAGAUAUCUCCCACGCAUUCAUGCACACACUACAUUCCAAGCAUUCCGUUGGGACGAGUCGUUGAUAGUCACCUGGCCAGUCUCUUUCCCUAAAGAAAGGGGCGUGGUUUCCAGUCUAGAAAAGUGACUCUGUUUGCCCAUAGAUUGAAGAGUUAGAGGGAUAGGAAACGUUGACGAUCACGUGAUCAUUUCAAUGACUUUUGUGCCGCGUGCUACGCAAUAAUAAUUGCCGGGAUUUGCCCGGGAAUCUUUUUAUAGACUGUAGUUGUAUUUCUAGCCAUUACAUACACUUCUUAAGACGUCAUGAAGCUCCAUGUUAAUGCAAUGCAACCACCUGCAAGUAUAUUGAGAAAAAAGAAUUAAGUUUUUGCCGAAGAAAUGAUAAAGUAAGUUAUUUUUACUGCUUUGGUACACAUUACUAGCUACUAUUAGUACUAAAUAGAACAGUUAAUGCACCAGAUAAGUAACUGUAUGAACAAGUGUGGACUGCAAGCUUCAAAUGCACAGUUUGUACCUUGCACAUGUCGCUAUUUCAGGUGCAAUUGUGUAACGUAUACUUGCUGUUGGGAACGUAUAUCAGAAGAAAAGCUUAUUCAUACAACCUCAUAGUGUUAUUUCAUGAAGAGUAUAUAGUAUUGCAUGGACUUAGGCCAUUAUUAACAUGAUGGUGUAUGUUAUAUUAUAGAUAUGCCACGAUCAAAAGGACUUUAUCGCAGAAAGGAUAAAUCAAAAUUAAAACGUCUACAAAAAGCCGCCACGCCUCCAUCCAUCAGUAAGUCUCCAUCCACAAGUCAAUCUCCAUCCACCAGUCAACCUCCAUCCACAAGUCAAUCUCCAUCCACCAGUCAACCUCUAUCCACAAGUCAAUCUCCAUCCACAAGUCAACCUCCAUCCACAAGUCAUAACGAAUCUAUUGCAACUGUUCUUGGUGCCUUGACUUUGCCAAGUAAAAAUUGGGUUAAUGUAACUACUCAACCUGUUGAAAAGAUCACAUUGUGUAAGAUUUCUAGUGAAGCAUCCAGCAGCAAAACUCCAGCUGUUAUUACACACACUUUGGUUGUUCAAUCAGACCGUACAUGGCAAGUACAUGUACAUAACCACAUUGUCGAUCCAAAAAGAUGCUGUUUAUUACAAUCAUUUCCGCCAGUUAUCUCGUCAGCCGGCCUUCAAGAUCUGCUCCUUGUACUUGACAGUGCUCAUGUAUGCUGUGGUCAUCCUGACUCUCAUUUUGUUUCCAUGAUUGAACAGAAGAAAAACAAAAUAAUGUUGGGAAAGGCUCAUGGGGAAAUUAGAGCACAACUUGAUGACUAUGCUUCCGUAACUUUAAAUGGUGAUAUAUUUAACAAAACAGUACGAACGACGACAUGCGAAAUAAUUUGUAAUGUCCAAAAAUGCACUUCGUGCAAAUCUUAUCGGGCUGCACUCAGGGCCAUAUACCACAGCUCGAUCAAGAGAGCCACGUUGAAAUCCAGGGUAAUUCACAAUCAUACUAAUGAGAGGUUCCUACGCACACCUGAGAAAAAAGAAAAGAUGUGUAGGCUAAGAAAAGCAGUCACUUCCUCAAAAUACAAGAUAUCAAAACUAGAAAAUUACAUUAAGAAAUUGAAUGAGAAAAAAGGUGAAGAAGUUGAUGAAGAACUAAACCAAGAUAUGGUUCACAUUUUGAAUAGCAACUCAAAAAAAAUACAGGAAAGGUAUCCAGAAGGAACAUUCGCUAGAUUAUUUUGGGAAGAACAGUUAAAAGCUUCGUCUGGAAAGAAGGGAAGGCAAAAUCGUUGGCAUCCCUUAAUGAUAAAGUGGUGUUUAAACCUGCAAUUACUUUCUGGUGUUACCUACCACACGUUACGCACAUCUGGAUUUAUUGUACUUCCAUCGGAGCGAACACUUCGUGAUUUUACUCACUUUUACAAAUCUGAAGUCGGGUUUAGUGAAGAAUUAAACAGCCAGCUUCGUACACAAUCAGGAAUUGACUCAUUGCCAGAGUCACGAAGGUAUGUUUCCUUAAUUAUUGAUGAGAUGAAAAUUAAAGAAGAUCUUGUGUACGAUAAGAAUACCAGCCAAAUCAUUGGUUUCACGCAACUGGGGGAUAUGAACGACACAUUAGCUCGAGUAGAGAGCAUUAAAGAAUGUACUGACGAUGAAAGUGUAAAACAUCCUCCUGUUGCAGACCAUAUUAUGGUUCUCCUUGUUCGCGGCUUGUUCUUCAAGUUGAACUUUCCAUAUGCACAUUUCCCUACCCGUAAGGGAAUUGUGGCAGACAUGCUCUUUCCUAUUGUAUGGGAAGCAAUUAGACAGUUGGAGGCAAUUGGCUUUAAGGUUAUAAGUGUCACCGCUGACGGAGCGAGUCCAAAUAGGAAGUUCUUUAGAAUGAACGGUAGUGAUGAAAGUGGACUUACAUACAAGACACACAAUCCAUAUGCUGAUCCUGAUGAGAAUCGUUCGCUUUAUUUUAUUUCAGAUGUGCCACAUUUAAUUAAGACAACGAGAAACUGCUGGUCUCAUUCUGGAUUCAACGGCACACGGCUAAUGGCAGUAAGUUAGUCAUCACA